UGGGGUGGGAAGGGGAACCUGGGACGUGGGAGGAAGAAAAAAAAAUAUAUAUAUAAUUAAUAAAUAUAUACAACAUAACACACAUUUCGCAAUUGUACCCACACAUUCAUAUAUGCAGCGUAUUCGCUCUUCUUUUGGAGCGCGAAAGUGUAAACAAUCUGCCUGCAACGAAAGAAAAAAAAGAAAAGAAUUGUGUUACGGGUUAUACGAACGAGAGUUGAACGCAUUAUCGAAAGCUAUACAGCGGAGCGCAACAGCAGCUGCGACAAAUUUGCGAUAUCUUCAAUGACUUAGUAUUUAUUUGUAAUAUAUAAAAUUCCAUUCUAUUUUUUCUCAAAUUCUUAUAUUGACCACGCAAUUGUGGAGAGAAUCGGUGGGUGUUGUUAUUUGCGGUGCAGUGAUUGCACAAAAAAUAGCUGGAGAGAAGGAGCAGAUCAGUACAUAUAAGUACAGUUCUAUAUGAGAAAAGAGAGGAAAAAGUUAUGGAGACCGUGACCAAGUAUUAUCACCUCCUGGAGGAGAGGAUUCUCAGCAGCCUGUUGUCCAGCGGCCUGCGUCAUCGAACCAAAGACUGUACUGGAUUAUGGCUUGGACCAUUGGUUGGUUUGAGUGCUCUGUUGACUUUUUUAAAAGAGGACAACAGUUAUUCAGAGCUAUGUCUGUUAACUGGCAUAGCAGGUGGAGGAUUAGUUAUCAGCUGUUUGUGUCUGUAUGCUCGGCUGAUGAUGGACAAUGAUGCUGCUAAAGAUUUCCAUGUUAUAUACUUUUUUCCUUCCAUAACACUAUCUACUCUGUUUCUUCUUGUUGGUAAUAAAGGAUUACUGGUGAGUGUGUCAUGGGGUCUUAUGGUUGGAAGUUUGAGCACAUGGGGAGUCAUACAAAUGAUGUCCAAUCUGCCUGGUUGUUUUACAUUGGGGGAAGCAACAGCAGUUACUCAUGGCAUUGUACUCUUUAUACUGUCAACAUUUACCAACCUGCCAUUGAGAUAUCAUUUGCCUCCUAUUCACGAUAGUGAUAUUGCUACUGUGAUAGUGCAAGUGGGAAUUCUUUAUGCCAUGUCAAUUAGCAUUCUAUGUGCAAAUUUUCCUAAAUUACGUGGACCAACUUCUUUUUAUUUGUUAAGUAUUGGAAUGCUAGGGUUUUUAGCCAUUCCUGCCUUACAUAUUUUACUGGAUCAAAGUCCCCUCUGUUGGAUAUUUACUUUUGUAUUUAACUCACAAGCCAAGAUCAUCCUUUUUAUUUAUUGGGCUGUUUGUUUAUUGCUUGCCAUAAUUUUUGGAACGUACCAAACUUUGAAGCAAACUCAUGCAAGUACUUCGAUUAGAAAAAUUUUUCAUUUGUUAGCUGUUCUGGUGUAUAUUCCUGGUCUGAUUUGUGAACCAACCUUAUUAUACUUGGCAAGUGGGAUGGUUUUAGCAUUUUUUUCAAUGAUAGAGGUUUUGAGAAUUUUAAACCUUCCACCAUUUGGAGAUUUCCUCCAACAAACUUUUUCUGCAUAUGUUGAUGACAAAGAUUCGCUGAUUUCAUUGACUCCUUUAUACUUGAUGUGUGGAAUAUCUGCUCCUCUAUGGCUACCAACCGAAAAUAUGGGCUUGUUGAAACUAAUGAGUGGUGUUCUGACAAUUGGAAUUGGAGAUAGUGCAGCCAGUUUUAUUGGAAGUAAUUGGGGUAAACACAAAUGGACAGGUUCAGAUAAAUCAAUAGAAGGUACAGUUGCCUGUGUUGUUUCACAACUAAUUACCAUAUUUGGAUUAGCCUUUUUUGGAUGCUUUGAAAGUCCAUUGCUAGUCAGAAGCAUAUUUUCAGUGAUCUUGGUAUCGCUUGUUGAAGCGCAUACAGAACAAGUGGACAAUCUGGCAUUGCCAUUUUUAAUGUACCUGUGCCUUACUGUGUAAAAGAAAUGAAUGCAUUCAAAAUGUUGUUUUAAAUGACGCCAAAUGUUGUUUCUGUUUUGGUUACAUAAAUUAUCGUCGAUGCAGGGCUACCGUGCAGGUGACUGAUGAAUUUUUUAAUAAUGUUACAAAACUUGACCAAGGAUGUAGUGUAUCUUAAUGAUGAUCGAAUCUAGCUUUAACUGUACAAAUUAGAAUGAUUUGACGUCAACAAUCAAUGCACAAACAUUCUUUCAAACUAUAAACGAUAUUAUGUUUUUUGUUAAGUCUAUAUAUUUAUAAAUACUUUUUGACUUUUAUCAAUCUUAGAAUUUUUAAAUAUAUACUAAAUAUUUAUAACCAGUCAAUGAAUGGUUUAGGUGAUAAUCAUAACAGUCGUGCCUAUGAACUCUUUUUCUUACUAAAAAUCAUGUAUUACAGCAUUCCUAUCAAAGCACUUUUCUAAAAAUACAGUUGAAUGUUAUUUCCGUAGAAAAAAAAAAUUUAACUACCACUUAGAAAUGACAAAGUCUGUAUUUUAAAGCGUUAGACUAUAAAAUAUUUUUUAAUGUUGUACUAUAUAAUAUUUUUGUACUGGAAAAUCCAUAAAAGGUCUAAACUGUCAUUUCAAAUAGAC